AUGCAGUUGCUGCAGCAGCACAUUUGCAGCAACAGAUCUGCUGCUGCAGCUUUGCUGCCGCCGCAGCAGCACCCCCCUUCCCUCCCCCCCCUCACCAGCAGCAGCAGCAGCAGCAGCAGCAGCAGCAGCAGCAGCAGGAGCAGCAGCAGCAGCUCAGAGCCUGACUUGUGUUCUUUUUCUUUUCAGGAACUGAGCCAGCAGCAGCAGCUGCUGCAGCAACGACAGCAGCAACAACAGAAGCAACAGCAGCAGCAGCAGCAACAUCAGCAACAGCAGCAACACCAGCAGCAGCAGCAGCAGCAUCAGCAAGAGCAGCAACACCAGCAGCAACGCCAACAGCAGCAACACCAGCAGCAGCAGCAGCAUCAGCAACAGCAGCAACACCAACAGCAGCAACACCACCAGCAGCAUCAGCAACAACAGCAACACCAGCACCACCAGCAGCAUCAGCAACAGCAGCAACACCAAGAGCAGCAACACCAACAGCAGCAACACCACCAGCAGCAUCAGCAACACCAGCAGCAGCAGCAGCAGCAGCAGCAGCAGCACGAACCCUCGGUGCUACUAGGCGUCUGUGUGCUGCAGCAGAGUUCCAUUCGGGCCCCAAAGGCUGCAGCAGCUGCGCCUCGUGCUCUUCCUUUCGCAUGCAUUUAG